AUGGCACCUAGAUAUAUGAUCAGUAGAAAGACGGAGAAUUCAGAAUACGCGUCCAAUUACAACCCUGGGAUCGAGAAGUCAUCAUCCGAAGGAGCAAUGUUCCCAAGGCUCAACACUUCUAAGAUGCAGCUUCCAAUUGAUCAGUCACGCUUUAAGCGACAUCGUGGCAACAACAUCAUGUUCGGUAGCGACAAUCCUAGCAUCUUCAGUGAGAGCCAGCGUGUGUAUGGGGUAGGAGAUGCCGCCCAGGGUCCAGCCCUCGCAUUUUCUCCUGAGAAGCAAACAACGGCACAGGUCAGCAAGGCCAUGAAGGACCUCGGCCGGACAUCUCACGUCUUCAGAUACGGGGACUACAAUGGAAUCAAGGGUAACUACGACACGACAGUAAAUGAUGAGUUCGGUCCGCGGACGUUACCCCCGGCGGAGACAGCUGCGCGCGCCCUCAAAGCUGCUGAUGAUUUAUCCUUGACUGUUGACAGUAAGGCCAGGGAACAAGCUGAGCUCAGUGGUGCGGAACUUCCAAAAACAGGACGAGGAGUCACCCUGCCGGACGACAAUACCAGGACCAGUCACCUCGCAGCAUACGCCCGAGAUGUUACCGUCCCGGUUGUAUUCAAAGGUGCUGCCGAUGGAAAGGAUUAUCAGACCUCUGCCCACUUCAAGUUUGGACAUGACCCAACAACAGUGCACAGUAUGUAUGGGAAGGACUAUGCCUUAGGUGCCAUGGCCAAGAGAGGACCACCUCAGCAAACCCCAACAAAGGCUGCAGGCAAUAUUUUACAAAAUGAUCCUGCAUUUUCGGCAUUUGGUAGUACAAGUAACAACGUGGAUUACAGCUACCAGCCAGCUAUGCCAUACAGGAAUAAAGACGGAAAAACCUUAAUGGAGGUCAAUUUGGAUAAGAGAGAUCACGAUAAUAUCAUAAUGAGUUGUGACCUCAACAGACAUGUCCAAGACAGACAGAGUUCUUUGGCCCACGAUGACUACAAGCGUCCUCCCCCGGGCUUUAAGGGUGCAGGACAGCUGGCUGAGGCUGGGGUUAGUUAUGACUACCUCACACCAGAUGACGCUCUUCCAUACCCAGGACUCAACAAGAUGCAGUCGGAAGCAAAAAACAACUACAUUGGUACGUUUAUGACAGGCGGCCAUGCCACAGGAAGACGCCUCCAAAAGGACUCACAAACGAAAUCGAGACUAAGUGAUGGCAAAAGCACACACUUUGUGGUUGGCUACAACCCAAUGGACUUUACAACGGAAACACAAAUAAAAUAUCUAGGCGAAAAGAAGAAUGACCAGGGGAUGAAACCUGCUGGUAAAUCGGAGAAUGUAGCUCCCGUUAAAUUCACGUCUCUAACUAUAAGCGAAAACACACAGGAUUUGAGGGCUGCUGACCCCAAAAUGGUUAGCAACAAUGAGAGUCUGAUGGCUCAAGCAGCCUACAUGUGUCCAGAACCCGAGCACGUGAUGAGGACAUCCGUGAUGAAGGCAGAUUUCAAACCACUUCCUGAUAGGAAAUUUACUGACGCCCAACUUCGGACAAUGAUGGACAUGAACAAGAAAGUUAGCAAAGAGAUUGCUUCAACACAUCUUUUCCAUACUGACAACUCGGGACGAAAUAAUUACCAAACGACGGCAAUGAACGAUUUCAUCAAACCAGAGACCAUGACAGGCCAGAAGUUCUUGUCAGCAAUGUGA